UAAGCGCCAGGCGGGAGGCGGUGGCCACCGCGUUCAGUCCGGCAGCGCAGCGGGAGGGAAGCACGAGGCCGAAGCCCGCUGCUGGGCUCCGCAGCGCAAGCAGCGCAGCGCGGCGCUUGGGCCCCGGCCCCAUGCCCGCAGCCCCGCCGGACCGCCCUUGAGCGCGGGCAUUACGCCCGCGCCCCCUACCCGCCGGCACCAUUGCCCCGACGGCGCGGCCGGGUGGCCCGGCUCUCCCCAGGCUCCGCGCCGGCCGGAAAACGCUGCUGGCAGCCGCCGCGGGCGUGGUGAUGCUGCUCGUGCUGGUGGUGCUCAUCCCGGUGCUGGUGAGCUCGGGCGGCCCGGACGGCCACUAUGAGAUGCUGGGCACCUGCCGCAUGGUGUGCGACCCGUACCCCGCGCGGGGCCCCGGCGCCGGCGCGCGGUCCGACGGCGGCGACGCUCUAAGCGAGCAGAGCGGUGCGCCCCCGCCCUCCACGCUGGUGCAGGGCCCCCAGGGGAAGCCGGGCCGCACCGGCAAGCCGGGCCCCCCCGGGCCUCCAGGGGACCGGGGCCCUCCGGGUCCUGUGGGACCGCCGGGGGAAAAGGGUGAGCCAGGCAAGCCUGGUCCUCCUGGCCUGCCAGGUUCAGGAGGCAGCGGCGCCAUCAGCACGGCCACCUAUACCACGGUGCCACGCGUGGCCUUUUAUGCCGGCCUCAAGAACCCUCAUGAGGGUUACGAGGUGCUCAAGUUUGACGACGUGGUCACCAACCUAGGCAACAACUACGAUGCGGCCAGCGGCAAGUUUACAUGCAACAUUCCUGGCACCUACUUUUUCACCUACCACGUUCUCAUGCGCGGCGGCGACGGCACCAGUAUGUGGGCGGACCUCUGCAAGAACGGCCAGGUGCGGGCCAGCGCCAUCGCCCAGGAUGCAGACCAGAACUACGACUAUGCCAGCAACAGCGUGAUCCUGCACCUGGACGCAGGCGAUGAGGUCUUCAUCAAGCUGGACGGAGGCAAAGCGCACGGUGGCAACAGCAACAAAUACAGCACUUUCUCCGGCUUCAUCAUCUAUUCAGACUGAGCCCCUGCACCCCUUUCCAUCCGUUGCUCUUCAUCUCUGGGGCUCCCCUCUCCAGAGAGGCAAAUGAGAACCCAUUCCCUACUCAUUUUCAAAUUGCCUGGCCCAGACUGCCAACCCUCCCAGGCUGGAUCGCCCCCAGCCCGCCUCCAACCGCCCAGUCCAGGCCUUUAUUCCUUGGAGCGCUAAAUCCCCUCUCUGGCUCUCCCCUCUCCCCCACCCGCACGCAGUUCCGGCCCGGGUGGCAGGUCGCCUUCCUGGUCCAAGCCUGCACUGUAUAUGUGUACAAUAGUACUGUUUACUGCCCACCCCGUCCUGCCAGCCAGCCCCAGUCUGGGGGGCGGGGAGUUGGCGCUGUUGCUUCCUGCGGAGUGACCCCGCCUCGGGGAGAAGCGGGUUAGGGGCUGGAUAACUUCCCAGCACCCACAAAACCCUGGAACAGCUGCAACUGGUCUGACCAAAGCUAUAAUAAAAACAUUUCCACCCC